AGACAUUACAGCUCAUUAGCAGCAUCCUCACUAAGUGGAGCAAUAAAAUGUGAGCUCAUUAGACAAAUGGAGAGGUGAGCUCCAGCUCUCAUUUCCAUCUAACUCUCCACUGACGUAGAAUAACCUUGUAUCAAUUUUUAAACCUCUCUGCAAAUUCUUUUAUACUAGUCAUUGCUUCUUUCAAUUUCUUAAUUUAAUCACUCUUACAGUGAAUCAUUUUCCAAUUUCUGUAGCUCAUUUGACACUGCAAUUUCAAAUCAUGAGAUCCCCUCACUUCAAGCUGUGAAAUGAGAAUAAAUAAUCGCUUUGAUACUGGAUCCAUGAAUUACGUGUGGUGUCAGAAACCCUAUAUAAAAAUAUGUUGAGCAAGAAUUGAGGCUACUUGUGUUGAUCCUUUGAACACUGAACGAGUACAACUGUGGACUUGUUAUUGCUUGUUAUGGCUUUCCUUACACAUUUGCUAAUUUCACUUGGUGAUAAUUCUAAUUUCAUGAAGAGGAGUAAUGGACAGUUUGACCCGAUAAUAUAACUUUCUGGUGUCAGGAACUCUGUACAGAAGUUGUUUCAACAACAGAUAAAGCCACUCCACAGAUUUUAUUUUGAAUACUCUGUAGCUGCAACAUUGAAGUCCAUGUUUUGCAACCAUAAGCAGCUAUGUAAGAUCUUUUGGGUUUAGCGCUUUAUGUAUAUAAUGGCAGACUUCAUUCCAUAAAUUCCUCGAUACACCUGAUACCUUCUCUUCUUUCAUCUGAUUCGUGAUUCACUUCAUCUUUCAGUGGCCCGUUCCCUUUCAAAUAUAUCAAUACAUUCACUUCAUUCGUGUUCCUUCUUUUAGUCUGACAAUUUUUUUCCUGGAUAAAGUUAUUCUUAUCACUUUUCUUUCUUUAAAGUUCAUUUUCAACUUCCUUCUUUUCCAUAUCCUUUCAAACUUCUCCAGUUUAACCUCCCUUUCGAAUCUCCCAAGAGUACUGUAUCAUCAGCAAAGAACAACUGACAACUGUCUCGCUCACCAGGUUCUGAUGGGUGGAGGUCGUCGCCACCUGAUUCCGACUUCGGUGUACGACCGAGAAGAGAGGAACCAGCGAGGAAGGAGAACGGACGGUAGGAACCUCCUUGAUGAGUGGGUACACGAUAAGAAGACGCGCGAUCUCAACGCAGAGUACGUCUGGAACAAAGCUCAGUUCGACAAGGUCGACCCCAAACACACCGACUACCUCCUGGCGCCAGGACCUCACGGGUUUUAAUACGCAGGACAUCAACUUUGUUCAGCAAGCAGCAGUACCCAGGAAGUACGAAACGCACGGUGGGGAGGACGUGCCAGUGUACGCUAUGGGUCCUGGGGCUCACCUCUUCUCUGGUACGGUAGAACAGACCUACAUAGCCCACGCCAUCGCGCACGCUGCCUGCAUCGCUGAAGAUAACAGCCACUGUGAGAAGCCUCCUAGCGACGACGCCUGCGCCGCCGCCCCAGGACCAGUUCCUGUCCCCACAGCUCGCCGCCCACUCGGGCAAGUCACGCCCACUGUUGAGGACCAGAAACUACACACUCGGGACCCGUGGGCGUGGAAUGCAGGGACGCGGGCGUGGGCAUGGACCAACUUCCAUGUACUGAGCUUGUUGAUGCUACCUGUAGUAUUGGUGCUUCGUUGAGCCUUAAUGAGGCGCUAAAGACUCAGGAACAGUCCCCUUCCCUUCCUCCCCCCACGAGGUCUCGCCAGGCACGGAGGGGGGAGGAGCUGAGAGCCAGGAUGAGACUGCACGCUGCUCCUUGUUACAGCAGACUGUUUCACACACGUUGUUGAAUAUUAGAUAAUAUAUUAUUCCAGAACUUCACGUGGGGGACAAACCGCGGUUUCUCUUGUACAGUGUCUGGUGAUGUUUUACGCUGGGUGAGACUUACACUGUGAUGUUCGAGGUAAGAGCGUUGUGGCGACCCCUCAGUCUCGCUAGUUAAAAUAAAGGGGACGUGGUAAUAGACUUGAGCAGUCUUUGUGCUGUCUCAGAGAGCCUCACGCUGUGUAAGAUGACCUACAUUAAUGGAUUUUCUUUAUCACAUUUUUGAAUUGGUUUCUACCUCUGUGUUUGGGAGUCAAUGGAUUAGCGUUUGACAAUCAGUGAAUGAGAAGAAAUGAGAAGUCAGAGGGAAGGGGAGACUCUUGUAACCCUCAUCCCUGGGCGUAUGCAAGCGUAGAUUGGCAUCGCCAAGAUCCUUUUGGCCAAGAAAUGGUGUUGUGGCUCACACCACCUUCACUUACUCACGUUCGAGUUAGUAAUUAUUCGUAUUUUAUUUAGAAUAUUACUGGACUGUGUGUAAUGUUGUACUACUUGUGUUUAUCUAAGUUUACCUAAUGAGUUAUGGACUGGAGCUUAAGAUACCUCUACAACUGUUAUUAGAUAGGCGUGAAGGUAACAGAUGCCUUUGUACUCAUACAAAAUCUUGUCAUUUUUGUACUUGUUCUGUUUCAUGCACUUUGAUGAACGACACACUGUAUAUGACCUCGCGAGCGGCGGGUACAUGUUACACAAAACUUAAAGACUGACAGUUUUGAAGAUAUAACACUUGCUAAUUUUUUUUUAAGGAGGGUCCAUACACUUCAAUUAUUUUAGCCUAGUUUCAUUCGUCAGUAUUUUCCAAGUACUAAUUAGAGUACCAAGUUCACGAGUUACUUCAGUGCUGUUACGAAGAUCAUCCUCAGCUAGAGUACAGGUACACAUGUAUGUUACUUUAUAUAAUCACUGUUGUCCCACCACCUUGAAGAUAUGCAUGCAACAACCAUUAUACAUUUGAUUUGCGUGUGCAGCACUACCAUAUCAUCUAUGUAUAGAGAUUAAUAAAUCAUAUUUAUAUAUGGAACCAUCUUCCAACAGUUAAAACGGUGUUUGUUGCUAGUAGCAUAAAGUUGUUAAUAUGAAACUGCUUCGUACCGUAUGUCGUAUGCAGUUCCAACACUGUAAACUUGUAUAAAUUAACAAUUGAAAAGAUAUAACUACAUUAAAAUAUACCUCCAUAAUGUAUGCAAAGUGCAUUCUCACUGCAGGUGUACAGACUUAUCUUCUGGUGUGUGCUGUACAUACGCUAAGAGGUACCAGUGUAAGUGUGCAGCUGUACACACAUUACAAGGUAUACCAAUAUUUGAAUCAAAGUGUACACUAACCAGAAGACUCAAUAUACAAACAUGAGAAACUAUCAGCACUCUCACAGUAUUAACAUGCUACAAUCUGUAUCUCAGAUUUCCCAAAGAUUUGCUUGACCAAACAGACUAAUCAUUACCCUGUACCUCUUUUUCAUCUUUUCUAAUGUACCUUUCGUGUAAAAAAGGUCUUGAAAAGGACAUUUUGUAAAAAUUUUUUUUUUUUUUUGGUGCGUACUGGAUAAUGAUAUUUGUAGUCAAGUUUGCCCACGGUAAUGACAUGGGUGUCUGUAUAAACUGAUGUACUUAGGUAACUGCCCAUUUUCAUCCCAGGCCUUACACGUUUUGGUAAACAGGCCCACUGUUUAUGUAGGAACACCUUUGUGUCCUGUGUGACAAGUUUAGCGUUCAUCACUAAGGGGAACUCAGAUCAAAGAGCCCUAAGCCUGUGUUUAUCCCAUGAGGAAACCCAGAAAUAGGUUGAGCCCAGGAGGGACCACAGACCUAUACUGAGUCCACAGAAUACCCCAAGGCUAGGCCGAGUCCACGAGGGGUCAAGUCUUGCCAGGGCCUUAAAUUUUGUUCCCCAAAGUAAAUUAUGUUUAGCCGUGUAUUAAGUUUCAGUAUAAUUUAAUGUUCAAGAAUUAUUUACUGUAUAAGCUGGAGUUAUAUGAAAAAAAUGCUGGGUUUGUGGAACCUAAAUCUUGAUACUAACUUUUUGGUCGAAUGAAAUCAAAUUAUGACCGGAAACAUUUAAAUGUAUUAACAUCGCGAUAAAAUAUUUUUAACUAAAUGCAAAUUUAAAUAUUAUUGAAGUUUAUAGGUAAUAUUACUACGUUGUAAGGUAGGCUAACCUUGUAACGCUAUAAGGAGCUAAUCUUGUGACUUAAGGUUAACUACCUUUAUGAUGUACAUUAGCUUCAAACUUCAUAAUUCUUGGAUUACCUUUUGGUAAAUUUAAUCAUUGUAUAACUAACAAUCAUAUUUAUUAUUGUACGAACAUCUUUCAAAGCCAAGUAUUUCGAACAAAACUAUCGAGACGAUGUUUCACUUGAAGUUGAGCUUUAAGAAAAAAUCUCUAUUUAAACAUCACAUUGUCGAGAUAAAAGUUGCUUGAGCGCAUAAAUGUCUUGUCAGCAUACCGGAGACGGAAACAAGAUCUCAGGAAAAUGUCAAGUAUGGUACUUGUGUUAUCUUAUACUCCUUAUAUGCUGACAUGUCGGUUUUAUGACUAUUUCUAUUUUAAUCAUAAUUAAUAUAUAUGCACAGGACAACCAUAGGAGGAGUUGAAUGAUAGCUCUAGGCCUUGUUGCUUGCAGUGUUGUAGAAAGCCCAAGUAGUAUCGUUCUAACUCCAAGUUUGCUACAGUCCUGCAAAUUGGCCGGAAGCUCUUAGUUCCUUGUACCUUAUGGCUGGAAAAACUUAUUUCAGAAUCGGCACUUAUAAAAUAUGAUAAACGCUCAUUAUAUAAUAAUAGUUUUGGAUUGUUCAAACUCGAUUCGUUUAUAAUAGAGGCCAUCGCGAAUAGCAUGAAGCCAGAUUCCUAUACGAAAGUUGUGGAUUGUAUGAAGUGUCCUGGUUCCACACCGUGGAAUUGGGGGUCUUCUUGUGUUAGACCCGCAUAUGCUUAAGAACUGGGCCGGAUAGAUAAACUAUAGAUGUCUCCCUUUCAUUUUAAGCGAGUCUGCCAUAGACCAGUUUUCUUAAUAUGACAUUUUCCCAAAUAUAUCUAUAUUGAGAAUUUAAAAUCUUUUAUAUAUCGAAGUCUGGCCGAAUUUUUGAUAAUUGUUUUAUCACUAAUGUUAGUUUCGCUAGGUCGUUACUACAUUAUCAUUGCUUGUGGGCAGGCUGUCUUCUAAUGCUUUAAUAUUCUAUCUUCCUGGCACUGGUGUGUCUGCCUCCUUACCUAUUCCAGCUAGAAUCGUUCCCCUGAACGAUACAACUUGGGCUUCCUACAACAUCGCAAGCUCCUGAUAUGUUGAUUGUAGCAAACGAAAGGCUAUCAUUCAACUCCCCCUGUGGUUAUUUUACACACUAUAAAUAUACAGAAAAAUUGUGGUUCAUACGUACAAGGUGUGAUCAUACAAUAAAUAUUAAAAACAAGUGCUUUAAAUAAUUCUAUAUAAGCGGGAGAGGCUAUCCUGUGUCUCGUGGCAGGAAGGCAAAAAAUCAGCCUUAAUGGAGAGGACCCUGAGGUUUAAUUUCCCUUGCGACACAGUUUUGUAAAGAGGAGGUAGACUGUUUAAGUAUGAAUUCUUGUACAUAAUGUGUUGUAUUUAUUUAGAAACUGCUAUAUUUUGUCCUAUAGCAAAUAUAUUUUGUUAACAUAAAUUAGCUUUCUCGAGGUCGACUCUAUCACUUAAGCUAACAGCGUUGAGUUCCAAAGUACAAACACUAGAAUCCAUUGUUUUUCACUUUCAGUUGAUCAGACAUCACAAUCCACAGGUUUAGUCGACAUUGUAACCUUACCACGUCUCAAGACUCUGUAGCUAACAUUAUCCAAUA